CCAGCAUUGAGUCGAGCGAAUGGUUAUGACUUAAAGAGACGUUUUCAUGUCAGUAUUCUGAUGUAAACAACUGAAGAUAAACGUUUGCCAUGGCUGAUCGCCCUGAACCACCACAAGCACCAGCUGUGGGUCUCGAUGUUGAUUUAACAGUUAACAAUGAAGGCAUAAGAUUGAGAUUCAGAUGCAGCACGGGCGUGGCAGUUUUACUGGGGGUUACAGGCGUCACGCUGGGGGCGCUCUACGGCAAAGAAAGAAUUCGACCUGUUAUCGAAAGUUUGUUCAAGUCAGUCUUUGGCUUCUGCAAACUCACCCCUGGAUCCAUUGUUGUUGAUGUUGACUGCUUUUCAGCCAAGCGUGUGAAGGAAUUACUUGACGAUUACAAAUGUGGAAAACUUAAAAGACGGUUUGUGGAAGAGCUUCGAAAGAUUGAUGGCGAGGUCGAAAACUUAAGAAUCGUAUUUGAACUAAAGGAAACUUUGGAGGUGAACACGAAUCGCAAACAAAGGGAUGAAAAGCAAUCAGGAAAAGAAGGAGAAGGAACGGCAGGCAUGUCUGAACAGGAGUACCUUGAGACAUUAGAAAGCAUCAAAAAGAUGGAUGGCGAAACAGAAAGGCUUAUUGAAUUAGCCCAAGAAAGGAGCUACAGAAAUAUUAACUAUAAGCACGAUUUGACAUAUAUCCGUGAAUUAGAGACAAGUGAUGAACACGGAAGAACGAUUUUGCACUAUGCCGCAGCAGUCAGAAACGAGUAUUUUUUAAAACAUCUCUGCGAUCUCCCCCUUUUCAGUUUCAACGCACAGGAUUGUGAUGGCAGGAACGCUUUACACCUUGCGUGCAUACCUACGGAUCACUCUAGUCGACAGAAAAGCUUCACAGAAUCAUUUCAUUCUUUUCGCUUCAUCGUUAAGCUUUUACUGUGUUGUUUUAGUGAGUCAAAAGCCAUAGAUGCCCAAGACAGCGAAGAUCGAACUCCACUACAUUAUGCUGUCAUGAGUACGUUCUACGAAGACAAUAACGUUGAAGUAUUAAUAAAAAGGGGCGCGGAUAUUUGUGUCAUGGACGCAUAUGGUAAAACGCCUCUUGAAUAUGCUUUGAAAUAUGGUGGAGCAAAAGCCAUGAAGUGUCUUUUGAAACAUCAUGGAAGAGAAGAAGCGAAGAAGGUGAAAAGCUCGCUAAAGAUAACGAGAGACAUCAAUACCGUGGACGAUAAAGGAAGAAACAUACUACACAAAGCCGCAGCUUUUGCGAGUCCUGAAGCAUUACUUGUACUUCUCGAAACUGGUGUUGACAUGAAUGCUAGGGAUAAAAUUGGGAAAACUGCGUUUGAUUAUGCACUUGAACGUUCGAAUGUUGAAUCCGCAUUGACAAUUCUUGAUGUUCUAUUAGAAAAACAAAGAAAAGAAGAACUUGUUCACUCAUCUAUUGACCCAAUAAGUAAAAAUUUCCCGCUGAAAGAUACGCAUUCUCGGACUAUGCUACACCAUUCAGUGAUUUAUUCUAAGCAGAGUGUGUUCAACCUGCUGUUAAGCCAAGGCAUGGACAUGAACGAUCGCGAUGAUUCAGGAAAGACUCCUCUACAUUAUGCUUUCGAGCAUGGUAACGUUGAGGCCGCCGAGAAACUUCUUGAAGCUGGUGCUAGUGUGGACUUGCAAGAUGCAAAUGGAAAAACAGUUGUACAUUAUGCAGCAAAACGCAGCGAAGAAAAGCUGAUUAGUUUACUUGUUAGAAGCAAAGCAAACUUGAACGUCCUUGAUAAUCAAUCAAACUCUGGUGUAUAUUACGCUAUAAAGAUGCGCAAUGUCGCAAUCGCCGAGAAACUUGUCAAAGCUGGAGCCAGCGUAGAAGGAAAGGAUAGCGAAGGGGGAACAGUUUUACACCUCGCAGCAUAUAAUGGUGAUAAAAACCUUUUUGACUUGUUGCUCAAGAAUAACGCAAAUAAAGUGGAAGAAACCGACAAAAAAGGGAACUCCGUGCUGUUUUACGCCGUCCAGAGGAGUAAUGUUGCCAUUGCCGAGAAACUUAUUGAAGCUGGGGCUACCGUACACGGAAAAAACGACGAAGGGAAAACAGUUUUACAUUUUGCUGCAGAAAAUAAUGGUGAUGAAAAACUGACUGAUCUGUUGUUGAGAAAUAAGGCAAAAGUGAACGAUGUCGAUGAUGCUGCAAACUCUGCCCUCUAUUAUGUCGUAAGCUUGAACAAGUUAGCCAUCGCCGAGAAACUUAUCAAAGCAGGAGCCAGGGUAGACGAGAAAUGUGCUGAAGGGAAAACAGUUUUACACCUUGCUGCAGAAAAGGUUGAUAAAAAACUGAUUGAUCUGCUGUUGGCAAGUAACGCAAAUGUGAACGAUAUCGACAGUAAAGGAAACUCUGCCCUCUAUUAUGCCGUCAGCUUGAACAAGUUAGCCAUUGCCGAGAAGCUUAUCAAAGCAGGAGCCAGAGUAGACGAGAAAUAUGCUGAAGGAAAAACAGUUUUACACCUUGCUGCAGAAAAGGUUGAUAAAAAACUGAUUGAUCUGCUGUUGGCAAGUAACGCAAAUGUGAACGAUAUCGACAGUAAAGGAAACUCUGCCUUAACUUAUGCCGUCAGAAAUAUAAAAGAAACCCUAAGUUAUUCCGUCAGAAUGGACAUGUUAGCCAUCGCCCAAAAACUUAUCAAAGCUGGAGCCAGCGUCGAUGGGAAAGAUAGCGAAGGAAAAUCAGUGUUACAUAUUGCUACAAAAAGAGGUGAUAAAAAACUGAUUGAUCUGCUGUUGGCAAGUAACGCAAAUGUGAACGCUAUCGACAGUGAAGGAAACUCUGUCUUAUCUUAUGCUCUCAGAGAGAACAUGUUUACCAUCGUCAAUAAAUUUAUCAAGGCAGGAGCCAGGGUAGACGAGAAAUUUGCUGAAGGGAAAACAGUUUUACACCUUGCGGUAGAAAAGGGUGAUGAAACACUGAUUGAUCUGCUGUUGGCAAGUAACGCAAAUGUGAACGCUAUCGACAGUGAAGGAAACUCUGUCUUAUCUUAUGCUAUCAGAGAGAACAUGUUUGCCAUCGUCAAUAAAUUUAUCAAGGCAGGAGCCAGAGUAGACGAGAAAUUUGCUGAAGGGAAAACAGUUUUACACCUUGCUGCAGAAAAUAAUAGUGAUGAAAAACUGACUGAUCUGUUGUUGAGAAAUAAGGCAAAAGUGUCUGUAAACGACGUCGAUGAUGUUGAAAACUCUGCCCUCUAUUAUGCCGUCAGCUUGAACAAGUUAGCCAUCGCCGAGAAACUUAUUGAAGCAGGAGCCAGGGUAGACGAGAAAUGUGCUGAAGGGAAAACAGUUUUACACCUUGCUGCGGAAAAGGGUGAUGAAAAACUGAUUGAUCUGCUGUUGGCAAGUAACGCAAAUGUAAACGAUAUCGACAGUGAAGGAAACUCUGUCUUAUCUUAUGCUGUCAGAGGGAACAUGUUAACCAUCGUCAAAAAAUUUAUCAAAGCAGGAGCCAGGGUAGACAAGAAAUGUGCUGAAGGGAAAACCGUUUUACACCUUGCUACAGAAAAGGGUGAUGAAAAACUGAUUGAUCUCCUGUUGACAAGUAACGCAAAUGUGAACGAUGUCGAUGAUGCUGAAAACUCUGCCCUCUAUUAUGCCGUCAGAAGGAACAAUUUCGCCAUCGCCGAGAAACUUAUUGAAGCAGGAGCCAGGGUAGACGAAAAAUGUGCUGAAGGGAAAACAGUUUUACACCUUGCUGCGGAAAAGGGUGAUGAAAAACUGAUUGAUCUCCAGUUGGCAAGUAACGCAAAUGUGAACGAUAUCGACAGUAAAGGAAACUCUGUCUUAUCUUAUGCUGUCAGAAAGAACAUGUUUACCAUCGCCGAGAAACUUAUCAAAGCAGGAGCCAGAGUAAACGAGAAAUGUGCUGAAGGGAAAACAGUUUUACACCUUGCUGCAGAAAAGGGUGAUAAAAAACUGAUUGAUCUCCUGUUGAGAAGUAAAGCAAAUGUUAACGAUGUCGAUGAUGCUAAAAACUCUGCCCUCUAUUAUGCCGUCAGAAGGAACAAUUUCGCCAUCGCCGAGAAACUUAUUGAAGCAGGAGCCAGGGUAGACGAAAAAUGUGCUGAAGGGAAAACAGUUUUACACCUUGCUGCGGAAAAGGGUGAUGAAAAACUGAUUGAUCUCCAGUUGGCAAGUAACGCAAAUGUGAACGAUAUCGACAGUAAAGGAAACUCUGUCUUAUCUUAUGCUGUCAGAAAGAACAUGUUUACCAUCGCCGAGAAACUUAUCAAAGCAGGAGCCAGAGUAAACGAGAAAUGUGCUGAAGGGAAAACAGUUUUACACCUUGCUGCAGAAAAGGGUAAAGCAAAUGUUAACGAUGUCGAUGAUGCUAAAAACUCUGCCCUCUAUUAUGCAGUCAGAAGGAACAAUUUCGCCAUCGCCGAGAAACUUAUCAAAGCAGGAGCCAGAGUAAACGAGAAAUGUGCUGAAGGGAAAACAGUUUUACACCUUGCUGCAGAAAACGGUGAUGAAAAACUGAUUAAUCUGCUGUUGACAAGUAACGCAAAGGUGAACGAUGUCGAUGAUGCUGAAAACUCUGCCCUCUAUUAUGCCGUCAGAAGGAAUGAUUUCGCCAUCGCCGAGAAACUUAUCAAAGCAGGAGCCAGGGUAGGCGAGAAAAGUGCUGAAGGAAAAACAGCUUUACACCUUGCUGCAGAAAAGGAUAAUAAAAAACUGAUUGAUCUCCUGUUGAGAAGUAACGCAAAUGUUAACGAUGUCGAUGAUGCUGAAAACUCUGCCCUCUAUUAUGCCGUCAGAGGGAACAAUUUCGCCAUCGCCGAGAAACUUAUCAAAGCAGGAGCCAGAGUAAACGAGAAAUGUGCUGAAGGGAAAACAGUUUUACACCUUGCUGCAGAAAAGGGUGAUAAAAAACUGAUUGAUCUCCUGUUGAGAAGUAAAGCAAAUGUUAACGAUGUCGAUGAUGCUAAAAACUCUGCCCUCUAUUAUGCCGUCAGAAGGAACAAUUUCGUCAUUGUUGAGAAACUUAUCAAAGCAGGAGCCAGGGUAGACGAGAAAUGUGCUGAAGGACAAACAGCUGUACACCUUGCUACAGAAAUGGGUGAUGAAACUCUGAUUGAUAAGCUGUUGGCAAAAAACGUAAAUGUGAAUGAUAUUGACUUUAAAGGAAAUUCUGCCCUUCAUUAUGCCGCCAGGGAAGGCAAAAUCGCCAUCGUCAAGAAACUUAUUAAAGCUGGGGCAAACGUAGAAAGGAAGGAUGACAAAGGGAGAACAGUCUUACAUAUUGCUGCCCAACUUAAUGAUGAAAAACUGAUUGAUUUGCUGUUAGAAAAUAAGGUUAAUGUAAAUGAAAUUGACGAUAAGGGAAACUCUGCCUUGUAUUUUUCCGUCGAGAGAUGUAAUUUGGUCAUCGCCGAGAAACUUGUUAAAGCAGGAGCCAGCAUAAGCAGGAAAAACGACGAAGGAGAAACUGUGUUACAUAUUGCUAAGGAACAAGGUGAUAACAAAAUGAUUGACGUACUGUUGAAAACAAGGGUUUCAGUUGGUCCAAGCGGAGGUACUAUUCAAUUCGACGACGUCAUACUUAAGUUGGGAGCCGAGUGUCUCCUGGGAGAUACACAAAUUACUUUGAUUAAUAAAACCCCGGAAGAUUUUCCCACAGAGUCAUUGCUUGACUUAGGGCUUGUUAAAGUUAUCCCUCGUGUUGUUGAAUUCCUCCCGAACCACUUGAAAUUUUUAAAACCAGCGGUUCUUAUGAUCAAACUCGAAAGACCUGUCUCUGAUAUUGAACUUUUCAUCCUACAUGACUCCUACCAUGACAAUUACCAAAAAACUACGUGGGAAGCUGUGAGUAAUAGUACCGAGAAAGACGAUGUUGAAGGGGUUUCGAGUGUAAAAAUUAACGGCUUCUCUCUGUACAGUUUCAUUUUGGGGAUGCGCGGAAUGUUAGCUCGAAUCUUAUGUCACCUGAAUUACUCGUUUGUCUGCCGAGCCUAUGCCUUGUAUCGGAAAAUUGGUUCCAAGGGAACUGUGGAUAUCGCUGUUGUCCUCGUUAGCGAGUUUCUUGAUGACAAUAACGAAGACGAUAUUAAACAGUUGAAAGAUCACUUUGAAGGUGGUUAUCGCAUAGGGGACAAAGGAAAGCUGGCUUGUGUUAACACUGAUCUUUUUUUUAAAAUAAGUUUAAAUUUCGUCGGAAACAAAAGCUCGUGUACUUUUAAGAUUAACCAGGCUCAACUGGAUUCGGAUGGUUAUGCGAUUAAUAUCAACUGCUUUGCUAAAUUAACGAGUCCGGCAAAUGGGAAUGUUGAAAUACGCGAAUUUACAUAUCAAAAUACAUUGUUGUGGAAGUUGACUGUAUCUGAGAUUGCGCAGGAGACGGAAGAGAAAGAAACUGAUGUACACAGCACAGAAACGGAACCCAUCCAAAAAGACGUGCGUCGGACCACAAAGCUUACAAACGCUGAAAUAUGUCGAAUGAGCUGUAGACUUGGACUAGACUGGGACAGCCUAGCUGGACUCUUGGAUAUUCCGUAUUAUGAUCGCGAGGAAAUCAGAUUCAAUUUCGUCAAGUUUUCCUCAAAAUCCGAACAAGUUUUCCAACUUUUUAAUAAAAGCCAGUCCUUUGAUCGUAAUACUUUGGUAAAGUGCUUAAAAGAAAUAAAGCGACAAGAUUUAAUGGAAGUAAUGCUUCCGCAUGAGAACGAGGCGCAGAGUCAAACUGAGGACGUGGAAACCCGAUCAUUGCAAACUCAGGACUCUGAGGACAAUCAGUUUGUUAAAAUGCGUCUUUCUUCUCGAGAAUUGUAUAGACUAAGUCGAGGCAUUGUUGUUGAUUGGGAAAAUCUUGCUGGUCUUCUGGACAUACCUGUAGAAGACAGAAAUAUCAUUCGCACUAGCAAUAAAUACCAUGAUGGCCGCAGUCGAGCUGAAAAAAUGCUAUCGAUUUUUAAUCGUCGGGAAGAUUUCUCACGUGAAAAACUAGUUCGCUGCUUGGAGGAAAUUGGGCAGCUUGAAUUGAUAGAGCCAAUCUCAAGUGGGGAGUGGAGAAACGUAUGAAGAAGAUUAAUUAUCUUUGUGGUGUUUAGAUGCGUUGUCGAUGCCGGUGACAAAAUAUUAAAUUUUAGUAGAAAUCCUUCACAGUGGAUACUAGUAUAAUUAAAUAAAUAUUAUUAGUUAGAGAAACAAAAGGGAAGGAAACAUGAAAUCCGUAGGCCAAAUUAUUGUUUGGUAAUCUCAGAGGUUCAAUUCAUGUCAAAGUACCCAACUUUUAUCAGUCAGUUUUAAAAAUGGUGCAUUAACAUUUUUAAAUUUUACAUUUUUUAAACCUAAAAGUCCCCGGCUUGGUAAUUGCGAGUACAGUUUUUAAGUACGCGCAGUUUCAUGCAUUAUAUACUCACCCAUACUCAUUACCGGAAAAUUCCUCUGUAGGGGCUGUUUACCUGUUCCCGCUCCGCCGAUAUUUAACGAAGUGUGAGAUGAUUUUGAGGUAUUGAAGUUAGUAUAUAACAUCAACCCGGUAGUCUGUAGUUAUCAAAACAAUCGUAUGUGCUUGUCCGGUUUCAUAUAAGAACUUUUUAAAGCCUUAAAAUCAUCUUGCGCUUCGUUUGGUCUCGGGUAAUUGUGCUCAUGUUUACAGCCCUUGUGAGAACGUGUUUGUCCGCCAUGAACCGAUGAGAUGAGCUGCUGUACUGUAAAGUAUAAUUAAACACAGCAGAAAGGUGGGAGUUUAUUGUGUAACCUGAUGUUUUGCAAUUUUCAAACCAAACUGCCAUCACUUAGCUUGAAAUCAAAGAUGGCUGCAAUUAAAGCAAAUACAUCUCAUUUAGUCAACGCUGAUUUAGUAUCUAUCUAACGUAGUCAACAGUAAAAUAAACGGUGAGUUAAUUCUAUCAUAUUUUAUAUAAUGAGGCACACACUAGUUACAGUAGUCGUCAGAAUAGUUGUACAUGCGGUGAAUGUUGUAGAGCAAACAUGGCAUUUUUGCCCGUAAGAACGAUCGAAUCGAGAGGAUGAAGGAAAUUUCUAUAUAAUUUAUUGUAAAAAAAUACAUCCUGAAUCUGUUGUAACCACUCGUAUAAUUUUGGCUACCUCUUCCGCAGACCGCAAGCGCUAUGGAGCAUUUCGGGCGAUUUCGGCAAAAUGUCAAUGAAAUAUAUAUCACCGUCCGCCAUAGUUUGGCGGAAAAGGGUCUGCGGAGGAGGUUGUGAUUUUGGCAUUAAUUAUAUCUCUUCUGUAAUCUUUGGCAAUUAAUUGCACCCUUUGCGAGUUGUAAUCUUAAUAAUAAUAACCCUAAACAGCUAAA